AAAUGGGAGGUGGAGAAAGAGAAGGGCUUUCAUUUCCACUUUGCUUUCCUGCUGGGUUCUGGAGCUUGCAAUGCACACACACAGCGCAGGAAUCCAGGCUGCAAAGGGUUGAACAUAGAGGGCCUCUCCAGUCCCUGCCCCACCACCUCCUGGCCAAGAAGAACAGUGACCCCUAAACUAAGGUAACUCAUCACCGUACAUCCAGAGGUUCCUCUCUUUUCCAUCAGAUUCACAGCAGAGUGGGAGCAAGAAUAAUGAAUAAUCAAAAAAGAGUGACCAGUCUGUUGCAGGAAUGCAAGCAGAUGUUAGACCAGCUGUCACAAGAGUUGGACCUGCCUAAGGGAAAUAAGAGCGAGCAUCAACAGUACGGAGCUUUGCUCCCUGAUGACUUGAAGACUCUCAUCAAAGAGGCAAAGGAAAUGAAAUGGCCCUUCGUGCCAGAAAGGUGGCAAUACAAACAAGCCAUAGGCCUCGAAGACAAAAUAAACCUGCAAGAUAUGAUCACUGCAAGGCUGCAUGACUUACUGAUUUCUUUGAAAACCUCUAUUGCUGUCAGGGAUUAUGUGACAGCAGCUGCUAUUGUGUUCCUGAUUGACCGGUUCUUAUAUUGGGUGGAUGGCUCCAGCCAACUUCUUCAGAUUGCCAAAAGGCUGCACAAGCUUCGACCUACAACGCCAAUUGCCCCUCAGCUGGUGAUCCGCCAAGCUCGUGUCUCAGUAAAUUCAGGUAAACUGUUAAAAGCUGAAUAUAUCCUUAGCAGUCUUAUUAACAACAAUGGAGCAACAGGUGUGUGGAAAUAUGCUAAAGAAAGUGAUCGGAUCCUUGUGCAAGCAGUCUGCAUACAGAUCAGAGGACAGAUUCUACAGAAAUUAGGAAUGUGGUAUGAAGCAGCUGAACUAAUCUGGGCCUCAAUUUUGGGUUACUUCACACUUCCCCAGCCAGACAAAAAGGGGAUUGCUACAUCAUUGGGGAUUUUGGCUGACAUCUUUGUCUCCAUGAAUGAAAAUGAUUACAAUCGUUUUAAAAACAACUAUCAGUUUGAUCUGAACCUUCUGAAAGAGUUUGACCAUCGUUUACUUUCAGCUGCUGAAGCUUGCAAGCUGGCAGCAGCCUUCAGCCAGUUUACAUCGCUGUUUGUGCUCACAGCAAUGAAUAUCCGUGGAACAUGUUUGCUGUCUUAUAGCUGUUCAAGUGCAUGUCCUUCAGAAAAGCAGAAGUUUUAUUUAUCUGAAGCAAAAGAGUCCUUUGAAAUCGGUAUUCUCAGUAAGAAAGACAAAGAACCAGUCACCAGCAAACAGGAACUCCAUAGUUUUGUCAAGGCAGCUUUCUGCCUUACAAAAGUGCAUCAGCGACUUUAUGGGGAGAGUGAGAGACUGACUUGGGUAAAUCAGUUGUGUCAGGAUGUCUUGAAGAAACUAUAUAUUUAUAAUCAUUCAACACAUAGUGGACAGCAAGACAGAGAACAACUGGCCGAGGAUAUCAUGGGUCUGGUCAUGUCUGUUAAGGAACAACUGCAUGUGCAGAGUUUCCCUAAUUCAGAUGUCAAGUCUUACAUUCCAGAUAGCUACAAAAUGGGUGUUGACAAGCAGAUUAUCAGUGGUGAACUGAGCUUUGAGACUGUCCUCAAAAUUCACUCUCAGCAUCAUGAAGCAGUCUGUGAGGUUUUUGAAAGUGCUUGCAAGAGCCAGAAAGUGAGAUCAGGAGAAGGCAAAACAGGAAUCUGUAUAACUGCUUUGGAAACUGAAACCAGAAAUUUAGACACUGUGUGUACUAUGGAAGAAAUAUCACAUCAUGGAAGUGAUGCUGUGAAGAUCCCACUUCCACAAAAGGCAAGGAAAAACCAUGAGGCCUGUAAGGGCCAAAUACGAAAGAGAUUAUCUCAUGGCGCUGCAGUAGAUUAUUCCUUUGAUGAAAAGACAGAGUGUGAAUCUGAAGAAAGGAGUAAAAAGAGUGUUGAUGGCAUUUCAGGUAGUUCUCAAAGCAGGAGUGAAAUUUCCAGUUCACUGAGAUCAUGGAGCAAGUUUUCACAGUCAAGUUCUUCUUCCUCUGGUUGGGAAGAAAUUGGUUGCGAGGAAAGUAAACUUCCCCAUGAUAAUAUACAGAACAAAAAGGCCAGUACAGAGGAAGGGCAGGUUUGCUCUGCAGACUUGAAUGAAGAUGCCUUGAGUAAUGUUACAGAAUUAGAGCUAAAUUCCAGACAUUUGGGGAAAAUAAUAGAUAGUGCAAAGCAGCCACACAUAAAAACCAGUAGUACCAACUCCAAAUGUAGCAAUGAGUCUUUGAGUCUUGUAACAAAGCUCAGUUCUGAACAAGAUCAAUUUGAAAUUAUCAUCUCUUCUUCAGCAGCUGAUUCCAGGACCAAGGAUAGCAGCAAGAACUCUGGUGGCACUUCUAACCAUAAUCAGUGCAGUGUUGGGAAUGAAAAUGGAGAAGUCCCUGAAAGCUACAAACAAAUUCCAGAGCUAGUAGCUAGACCACUGGUUGAUCCAGAAGGAGAAACAGUGGAAUUAAUUGAAGAUGCCCAAAUGAAUUUACACCUUCCUAAUGAUAGGAUGACACUUACUUCCAUAAACAGCAACAUGCUAAAACCUGAACGUGACCAUUUUGUACUAAAUUGGAUUAACAAAUCAACUUCCACUGUACCUAAAACUGGCUCCUUUGAAAUACCUGCAGUUGAUCCCCAAGCAGAAACAGCAGAAGAAUGGGAAUGUGCUUUUGAUAGUGCAAGGAGGUCAGCAGAUCACCUCACUGACAUAGACCUAAUAAGAAAUCAACAAAAUCACAGGCCUGGAACCAUAAGUUCCCCUUCAGAGAUGGAUAAUAAACCAUCCAGUCAAUCCAGCUAUUGUGCUACAACUGAAGAAGGUGAAGGUGAACAUGAACAUGAAAAGCUAAGUAACAUUUUGAGCCUCAGUCACAGUUCAGGUUCUUCUCUGAAAUCAUGGUACAAAACUCCCAAUUUUUCCAGCAGUUUUUCUGACAUGGGCAGUCCUUCUUAUUUGAACUCUAGUGGUAGCUCUUUUUUCUUUAUGGAAAGAACAAAAGAUCACAUCCUACAAGCACGCAUUCUGAGUGACGAUGACUAUGCUAGACUUCUGUCAGGUGUAGAUCACACCUGGCUAGUGGAGAGAAUGAAGAAUACAGGGCUUUAUAAGCCAAGUUUGCUCCAUAAAGGUUAUUCCGCUCUCCUUUUGAAAUACUCUAAGAAAUCUGGGCAGUGGACGGCUCAGGAAACAGCUGCCUAUAUCGGAGACUACCUGAGCGUGGCCAAGAAAGGCAGACAAAGAGAUGCUUUUUGGAUACACUUUCUACAUCAAGAAGAGAUUCUGGGAAGAUACGUUGGUAAAGAGUACAAAGAUGAGAAAGAGCUUGUUCACCAUUUCAGUGAUGUGGAACGACAAAUGACUGCCCAGUACUAUGUGACGGAAUUCAACAAAAGACUCUAUGAGCAAAAAGUCCACACACAAAUCUUUUACAUCCCAUCCGUAGUACUCUUGUUACUAGAAGGCAAGUCUAUACAAGGAUGUGUAAGUGUGGAACCCUACAUAUUGGGAGAGUUUGUGAAGUUAUCCAAUAACACUAAAAUAGUAAAACUGGAAUACAAAGCCACAGAAUAUGGACUUGCUUAUGGACAUUUCUGCUAUGACUUUUCCCAAGGGACAGAUGUGGUGGUUGAUUUACAAGGCUGGGUGACUGGUAAUGGAAAAGGCCUCAUUUAUCUCACUGAUCCCCAGAUCCAUUCUGUCUCUCAGAAAGAGGCAUCUUGUCUAACAAACUUUGGGAAGAAAGGGAUUUACUAUUUCUUCAAUAGUCAACACACAGAAUGUAAUGACAUCUGUCGCCGUCUUUCCCUAACAAGACCAUCUGUGGAGAAACCAAACUGAGUUUGGGUAAAAAUUAAGGUGUUUUCCCAAGAGACUCUUUAAGCUAAUUUCAACAUUUUUUUUCUGCACCUGCACCACAGUAUCCAAUCCAACCAAGCCAUAUUUUGCAUCUUCUAAUGUAUAACAUUUUCAUACUCUAGGAAAUAGCGCAAAGAUGGCAUAAGACAUGCCAACUUUUUCAGGAGAAUACAUAUACUAUAUUCAUCUGUCAACCCUCUGAGGACUGUUGAUAACUGGCAUCAUGUUAGUGACAUAUGCCUGUGUAUAUCUUUUGGAAGGUGGGAUGUUGUUGAAGAAGUCAGAAUUCUCUGCCUCCAUUGUGCAGCAGCAACAACCCUUUGAAAUCUCCUACUUUUCAUGCUACCUCUCUCCUGGCCAGUGGAGAGUGGGAUAUAGCUAAGAAGUAUCUGAUGGUGUGAUUAUAACCAAACACAUAACAUUGAAUGCAUCUGAACUUCAUGGAUGUCCUCCAGAUGUCUCAGCUCUGUAUUAGUGAUACAAAAGAGGUAGGGCCACUCUUAUUCAUAUUUGAUGGGAGUGUAAGUUGUGUUCAGAACUAUAGGAAAUAUAUUUUGCAAUAUAUGGUGACAUAAUAAAAUAAGGAAUGGAUUUAGAUUCUUUAACUCUUUUUCUGGAGUUUUCUGGAGUGGAAAAACAUCAGAUCAGAAACAUGGUGUUGGCUAUUCUUGUUAACAGCAGCUCAGAUCUCAAAAUCACGGGGAGCUAUAGAAACUUAAAGAAUAUGAAAUGUAAUACUAAGAGCAAAAGUUUGUGGAAAGGAAGGAGUCAUUCAAUAGAAAUUCCACUCCCUACCAUCCAAUGGAGUCCAGUUAUUCAAUACUAGAAUCAGGUCAACAUAAAAGGUUUUUAGAGCUGGGUAUAUUAGUGUCGAUAUAAGGCAGGGAUGGACACCUGUAAUCCUCGACAUGCUAGUGAGGUGUAAAUGCUGUAAUCCUUCACAGUUUGGCUAUGGUGGCUAAGACCAAUGAGAAUUAUAGAAAAUCAUCUGGAGGGCCACAGUUUCCCAAACCUAACAUGAAUUCAGUUGACUGCUCCUUAUGGACAAGGGGUCUGGUAUUUUUCAUUUCAUUCCAGAGAAAUAAAAUAUACAUUAUAGUAGAAACCUGAAAUCAGUACACUGAUGUAAAGGUUCUCUAAGCAAACUGAAAUGGCAGUGAUCUGUAAGUAAAUUUAGAAAGAAAUAUGUGCUGAAAGAUUGAGACUUGUGAGAUCCUACUUUGGAUCCUUCACUGAACCAUGAAACCCACUGAAUUCCAUGGGGCAUUCUCUUUCAGUACAACCUACUUUACAAAGUAGAGAGAAACACCGUCAUACACACAUGCACUCAUUGAAGGAAAGGUGGGAUAUAAAUGUAAUUAACAAGAGAACUGAAAUAAAUAAGAAAUGCCUUCAAGUACCUGGCUAGGCAUGUUAAACUGCUCUUUUACCACCAACAUCAUUAUCUGGUCACCUCUUCCUGUUCCUGAUUUUUAGACUUCAUAUUAAAUCUAUCCCCUUAAACUGAUCUGUUUUUGAAUACUGAGAAAGAGUCUUUCUGUUCUGCUACCCUAACUGUUCUCAGUCC